UCGCUUUACAAUCUACAGCUUAAUAAAGUAACUGACCAUGGCAAACCGAGGCCCUAGUUAUGGACUGAGUCGUGAGGUGCAGGAGAAGAUUGAGCAGAAAUAUGACCCUGAGCUGGAGUCUCGACUGGAGGACUGGAUUGUUGCUCAGUGUGGAGGAAACGUGGAAAAACCACAACCAGGAAAACAAAACUUUCAAAACUGGUUAAUGGAUGGCACUAUCCUCUGUAGACUCAUCAACAGUUUGUAUCCACGAGGUAAGGAGCCUAUAAAGAAGAUCUCAGAGACUCAGAUGGCAUUUAAGCAGAUGGAAAAGAUCUCGCAGUUCCUUCAGGCAGCUGAAGCUUAUGGAGUAAUAACCACAGACAUUUUUCAGACAGUGGACUUGUGGGAAGGAAAAGACAUGGCAGCCGUCCAGAGAACGCUAAUGGCGCUGGGUAGCGUGGCUAUAACAAAAGACGAUGGACAAUACAGAGGAAACAGAGAAUGGUUUCACAGAAAGUCUCAAGGCAACCGGAGAGAGUUUUCUGAGGAGCAACUGCGCCAGGGUCAGAACCUGAUUGGUUUACAGAUGGGCAGUAACCGUGGGGCAUCUCAAUCUGGCAUGACUGGUUAUGGGAUGCAUCGGCAGAUUAUGUAAAGCUAUACCAGUGCCCGGCAACCUGCCUAAAACACCUAGAAGACCUUAAACCCCCUCACACAGUCCUUUACCAAGCAGUGUUUCUUGAUGGUGUGUCUAUUUGAUGAAGAUAUGAUGAAACUGAAGUUUUAAAGCGAUAGUUCACCCAAAAAUAAAACAGUUGGUAACCAUCAGAAUGUUUCAAACAUUAAUGAGUUACUUUUAUUGAGCAGUUGGAUGUUUGAAACCAUUAACUUCCAUAGUAGAAAAAAAAAUACUAUGGAAUUCAAUGGUUACUGGUAUGCAACAUUCUUAAAAGUAUCUCCUUUUGUGGACAAAAGGAGAAAAUCAAAGUCGAUGGAGAUUACACCAUGACAUUUGAUAUUUUGGGGGGGUUGAACUAUCGCUUUAAGAAGUUAAAGCAUGCCAGAUACAGUAUGUUUAAUAUAAGUUGGGAUUGCUAAGCUUGUGAGAAGAAUCACUUUAUUUAUUUGUAUAUGUAUGCAGAUAGUCAUUAUUAAAGAUUUAUCUAAGCAAUCUGCCUUCUUUAAGAGCGAAGUGUGUGUUGAUACACCAAAUAACAGACCGCAGCUGUUUACUAUAGUGUUUGAAUGUACAGUAAAGGAUGUGUACUGUUGUUAUUGCUGGGUUUUAGCUAAAUGGAUGUCAAUGCACAUAUUAGCAGGAAGUACUGUAUGCAGAUUAAUAAUAGUCAUCAAUAGUAAAGAUAUAUUUGUUUGUGUUGUCCAUCAGUGUUGUUGUGUGUUAACAUUCCAUGUGGGUUUCAAUAAGCUUGGUUUUGGUGACCAUGUUUGAAAAUGUUUAAUAAAUUGGUAUCUUAAAUUGAAA